AUGGUUCUCGGAAGUGGUGAUCAACCUAACUUGUCCCUGUCUAAUGUGCCUCUUAGUGGCAACAACUAUUUUUGCUGGAGUCAUAGAGUGUGGAAUGCACUUCUUGCUAAAGGAAAAAGUGGUUUUAUUACUUGCAAACAUCUUAAGCCAGUGGAAGGAUCUCCAGAAUAUGAUGCCUGGAUUGAGGUGGAUGCUCUUGUAAGGGCUUGGAUCAUAAACUCAAUCACACCAGAGUUACAAGCCAAGUGGAGAAAAAAACAAGAGAUUUACAUUGCAGCUGAGUAUAAUAUCUUUAUGGUGGAUAACAAGAAACUUCAAAGCAAGAAAUGUUUUGAUAAGAAGAUGGACAAAAGAAAUUGGAUCUGUGAACACUGCAAAAGAAAAGGCCAUGCUAAGGAUACCUGCUUCAAACUACAUGAGAUUCCUGCCUGGCAUAAAGAAUUGAUGGACAAGAGAGGAGGACACAUAAAUGCUGCUGCAAAAAUGAAGCUUGGAGACCGCAAAUCUGAAGAGCCAUUUAAAGAAAAUCUGGACAUCAAUGCUCUUGUGAAAGUUGAGGUGCAGAAAUUACUGAUGCAAAACACCUCUGAAUCUCCAAUCAGAUUUGCUAACUCAUCCAUCGAGUUCUCAGGUAAGAUCUUUAUUGGUUUUGUACAAAUGGAUAAUUCUUCUUGGCUUAUUGACAGUGGUGCUACUUGUCAUAUAUGCAUAAAUGAUGAACUCUUUGAUUACCUGAAACCAGUAACCAUCAAACCAAAGAUUUUCCUUCUAGAUGGAUCUUUCCUCACUGUUUCUUCUGCAGGACCUGUAACCAUAAAUUCUUACAUUGUGCAUGUUUACUACUUGCCUGGCUUCAAGUUCAAUCUAUUAUCUGACCUGAGCUCUAACCUUAUUCUGGCCACUGGGAAGCAAGAACAGAACCUUUACAUCCUAAACUGCCAACCUCAGUACUCCAACACUUUGACCUCUAAACUCAAAUCAUCGGAUGAAGCCCUCAUUUGGCAUAGAAGGCUUGGUCAUCCCUCUUAUGUCACCUUUGAACAUUUAUCUAUAUCUCCUUAUUUGAAAAAUAUUCCUUGUGAUGUAUGCCACAAAGCAAAACAAUCUAGAUUGACUUUUAAUAAAAGCAGUUCUCAAGCUCAAGCCAUUUUUGAACUUUUGCAUAUGGAUUUUUGGGGUCCUUACAAAACAGCUACUAUGAAUGGGUGUCAUUACUUCUUGACUAUUGUUGAUGAUUAUUCCAGAGCUACCUAG